AUCUCAACAGACAAUUCCACAAACUGGUAAUUGACUCUGCAUCGUUGCGGUGAUCCUGUUGUAAGAGCCUGGCGUUGAGAGCGUAGUCAUAUGUGUGGGCCUUGAUUCAAGAUCGUCCAGGUCUAUUGAGAUUUGCGAUGCACAUCAUCGCUCUCGAGCAGACGACUGUGCAUUGCAUUGAGUCAGACGUGAUGUGGUAUAUGCCAGAGUGUGGCAGUCGGUCGAGCGAGAGUUGAAUCCAGGGUUCCCGAACGAGCCAAGAAAGACGGUCAAAGUCACUGUUGCCUUGACGUCAACGCCGCUUGGACAAAACUUCCAAUCCCUCAAACAUUACUUUGCCCUCAACUACCACAGACGUCGCGCGACAGUAUGGCUUCGCUCUCCUUUUCUCUCGGAGUCUCUUCGUCUAAAUCAUCACAAAGACGCUCUCCACCACCACCAAGAAGAUCUAACGGCACGAAACGCGAUCACGCCGCGCUUCUCGACGACGCCAGUGACGACGAAGAUGGCUCCCACGCAAAACGACAGACCAUCACACACUUCAACUUGGCAGCUGGAGGCGCAGUAGACGUCAAAGCACCGAAAAAGGAGGAAAAGAAACCAUUGGUCAUCUCAGCACUUGCGAAUCGAGACUGGAGAGAAGCAUCCAAAAGACAACGGGCGCAGAAAUACGGCAUCACUACUGAACAACUGGAUGCGCGGAGAGAGGGUGACCAGAAUGCUGAAGGUGCGGACAAAGUGGUCAAAGAGACGGAUGCUGUCAAAUAUGGUUUGAAUGUCUUUGCGCCAGCGGCUGCUGUGUCUGCAGAUGACGAGCCUCAGCAAGAAGAGCAAGGACAGCAGGAAGACAAGGUAGAGCAGAAGACGGCAGACCAACUUGCUAUCGAUGCUUUGACAGGCGCUGCGCCCACAUCUACUCUCACAAUCCCCGCUUCUGCCGUUACAGAAGAAGAUGCCUUCAACGACACCUUCCACUCUGCUCCACCAGCGCCAUCACUGUCCGACUAUGCAGCCGUCCCUGUUGAGGAAUACGGCGCCGCGAUGCUCCGAGGAAUGGGUUGGAAAGGCCCCUCCACCACUCCUUCAGCACCCACAAAAAACGGCAAGAAAGCCCUCCCACCCGCAAAGCGACCAGCCCUCCUCGGUAUCGGCGCCGAUCCCAAUGCAGCAGCACAAGCCGAAGAACUAGGCGCUUGGGGCAAGACCUCCAGCAGAGGCAGAAAAGAACCUACAAUGUUCAUCCCCGUCUCCAUGAAGAACAAAAAGACGGGCGAGACUUUGACAGAAGACGAAUUGAAAGAAAAACUACGACGAGACAAGGAAGAAGCUGAGAAUCAGCGAUUUAUCGUCAAUGACUUGGAAAUCAGGGAGAAGAAGCGAGAUAGAAGGGAGGAUGAAAACAAGGAUCGACGACGAAAAGACGAGUACUCAGAUGACGAAGAGAGAAGAAGGAGAAGACGCGACAGAGAAAGGGGUUCCGAUCGUAAAGAUCGCGAUUAUGACCGUCACGACAAAUCAAAAGAUCACGACCGCAAGGACAGAGAUCGCGAAUACAGAAGGGACAGAUCAAAGGAUCGUGAUAGCAGGAAAGAGCGGGAUCGCGAUUAUGAAAAGUCUUCGAGUCGAAGGGAUCGCUCGAGAGACCGCGAUUAUGAUCGCAGAGACCGGGAUAGAGACUUUGAAAAGUCGUCUGGUCGAAGAGAUCACUAUGAUGAUGAAAAGUCUUCGAGCCGAAGGGAUAGAGACAGAGAUUCUCACCGCUCCUCGCGUCGUUGAUAUCUUCGCAGUAAAUAUUGAGAAUGAACACCUUGAUGGCCAGAGGACUCAGUAUCUAAAGCAAUACUUCAUACU